AUGUAUCUUAUUGCUUGUAUAGCUAUCGCCUUGUGCGUAUGGUUUGUCUUUCGUCGAUUUUUGUUGGAAAAUUUCUACAUUUCUCAUAAAGGAAAAUAUGUCUUCAUUACUGGAUGUGAUAGUGGAUUUGGACGAUUAUUAGCCUUAAAACUAACUGAAAUAGGAGUCAACACCUUUGCAGGCUGCUUCACUCAAGAGGGAUGUGAUUCAUUGGAGAAGGAAGGCUUGAAUCAGGGUGGAGCCAAUCUUGUUACUCUACGUUUGGAUAUAACAAGUGAGAAAUCGGUUGAAGAUGCUAGAAAGUUUGUGGAAGAAUAUCUGGAGAAAAAAGAUGCUUAUCUUCAUGCGAUAGUUAACAAUGCCGGAAUAUUCACUAUUUAUGGGCCAGAUGAUUGGUGUUCCACAGAUGAAUACGUCAAUUCCUUGAAUGUUAACACUCUUGGAGCGAUACGUGUUUGCCAUGCUUUUGUUCCCAUGUUGAAAAAGAGCAAGGGACGAGUUGUUACGAUGGGAUCAACAGCCGGACGUCUACAUGGUCUCUACGUUGGUCCUUACGUCACAGCCAAAUUUGCUGUCGAAGCUUACAUGGACUGUCUGAGGUUGGAACUGAGACCCUUCGGUGUGUCUGUACACAUGCUGGAGCCUGGAUGUUUCAAAACCAAUUUACUGAACGAGCAGGCUCAAAACACCCGUGUGGAUAAAACAUGGAGUCGUUUAUCAGAAGAAGUCAAAGAGGAAUACGGCUUGGAGUUUCUAAGAAAUUUCAAAACUGCUUGGCAGCUGGGAGUCAACCUUGUUGCCAACCCUAAUUUGAUGUGGGUGGUGUCAUGUUAUGAACAUGCCCUAUUUGCUAUGUAUCCAAGAUUGAGAUAUGCUCCUGGAUGGGACGCCAUUUUCUGUUUCAUCCCCUUGAGUGUGUUUCCAACUCAAAUUCAGGAUUGGGUCUUAUCACUGAUGUAUUCUGUACAGCCAGGACCACCAUUGAUUCCAAAAUCAUUAGAAAAGGAAAAACUGAAAAAAUCGCGCUUCAGUUCAAUAGCUUUUUAUUUGUUUCAACUAGCUGUAGUAGCUGCUGGCUUGGUAGUGUUUUUCUCCCGUAUAGGUCUUUUCGUUGGAGACUCAAAUCGAGUAGUAUUGAAACAAACAAACAAUACAGUUUAG